CAGAACUUGGGUCUCUCCCAGAACCGGGCACUUCUCCAGCUUGGGAAGGAAACCAGUGCGGGGAAAGGAGCCGUCACCUCCCCUGGCUGGGCUGGGGACUCAGCUGAUCACAAUGAGCCCCCUGUGUCUGAAGGAGAAGCUGCAGGCCCUCCAGUGCCACUUCACCUGGAACUUUGAAAUCAGAGACAAGGUAGAUGCAGCUCACAUCCUCCAAACUCUGGCUCUCAGGAUUGCCCACACUCACUACCAGAACCAGCCUACGCUCCUUGCCAUGCAGGCUUAUCUCUGCCACCUGCAAGGGCAAUAUGAAGACGCUCUGCAAAGCCUUAGAGAAGCCGAGGAGAUUCUGCAAAGAGAUCACCCAGAUAACUUCCCCCGGCAGGUCCUGGUCAUUUACGGAAACUACGCCUGGAUCUAUUAUCACUUGGCCCACUAUGAUUUGGUUGAGCUUUACCUGGAGAAGGUUAGAAAGAUCUGCAGCUCCCUGAAGAGCUGCUCUCAAUAUGCAGCUCAGAUCCCUGAGAUACAUGCACAGAAAGGCUGGUCUCUCCUGGCAGCAGGCUUCCGCAAUGGCGGAGAAGCCACAGAGUGUUUCCAAAUGGCAUUAAGAGAAGACAAAGCAAAUGGGGAAUUUCUUGCUGGGUUGGCAAUCGCAGCCUUCGCAUCAUGGAGUCACUCUCACAAUUCUGUAUUUUGGAAUGCUGCCAGAGAGAAGUUGGGUGCCAUUAUCCAUGAACAGCAGCAAAACUAUGAAGCUAAGGUGUAUUUAGCCAAGAUCCUUAAGAGGACGGAUAGACAGCAAGCCAAAGCCCUCAUUGAAGAUGUUGUCCAGAAUAGCCUGGACCCUGAGGUCCUGAGAAAUGCAGCCAAGUUCUUUCAGCCAGAAUUCCCACAACAAGCAAUUGCUAUCCUACAGAGAGCAGUAUCGCUGAAUCCCACUUAUCAUCUCCUUCACUAUGACCUUGGCAUCUGCUACAAGAAACAGCUGGAGGAGGCCAAAUCAGGCAGAAGAGAAGAAAUAUUGGCAGCAGCUAUUGAGGCCUUCAAAAAGGCUGUGCAGAAAGAUCCAACCUCUGUGUUUGCAAAGCUGGCUUUAGCUGAAAUGUAUGGGGAAAAUACACCUCACUACCAAGAAGAGAUUUAUCUCAAUCUCAUGAGUGAAAUGCCCAGCCUCAGCAAGAGGUGUCAGCAGGCGGUCUACCUUCACUGGGGGGAUUUCCUCUUCUACAAGCAGAAGUCACUGUGGGAGGCAGCUAAGGCGUACAAAGCAGGUUUCGCCAUUCCAGACAACUACCUGGAGAGGCAACAACUGAAAAAAAGGUUGAAAGAGAUGGCAGGAGAAUUCCAGCAGAGCUCCCAGACCACCGAGGCUGAGGCCAUACAUGAGUUCAUUCAACAGAAUGAAAGUCCAUGAGACACUAUAAAGUUCACUGGUGGCAACAAAAAAGCAGGAGACUGGAGAUGUGGAGAAAAUGGGGGAUCCUUCCCCUUCCCUGGACACACCAAGACCUCCUUCUGAAGCGAGUCACUUUUCCCACCUGUAUAACAAUGACAAUCAUAUUGCAAAUGAUUCUGGGUCCCCUGAAUAGUUCAGACCACAGCACAUCCUGCCGCUGCUUCUUAUAAUUGUCCAUGAAUAUAGCAAAGAGGCUUGUGGCACCUUAUAGACUAACAGACGUUUUGGAGCAUGAACUUUCGUGGGUAUACCCACUUCGUUGGAUGCAUGCUCCAAAAACUCUUUGCUGCUUUUACAGAUCCAGACUAACGCGGCUACCCCUCUGAUACUUGACUCCAUGAAUAUAGGUUUUGUGAAGUUUCAGUUCCCUGCAAAAGGCACAGGACGGGAAGCAAAAAAAAGAGUUGCCUGGGGAAGCCGGUGGGGCAGGAAGGAGGCUCUUUCUCAAGCGAGUGAGAAGGUUGCUGCCUACUGAGCUGUGACUUUAAGUACAGCAGCAGUCAGGAUCUCUCUCUCCCUAACAGCAGGGCCGAGCUGUCAGCCUGUGGCAGCUGCUGACACUAGUGAGUGCGUUGUUGUCGGGGUUUGUUGUUCUGAUGGGGAGCACACUCGCAGACACACAGAGCUAGGCUCCUACUUUCAGCCGUGACAGCAAAAAGGAGUUAGGGUGGGAAACUAGUGUCAGGGACACUCACCUGAUCUCCGUCAUCAGGUCCUUGUCGGAGGAGGCCUCUGAUCCAGCUCAGCUGGGAAUCAAUCAUCCGGCAGCCUCACUUGUGGAGAAAUUAAGGUAGAAGGUUUCCAAUUACCACCUCCCCGUGCUUGCCUGUGUGUGUGUAUGUUAGGUGAAGGCUCUGUUGUUAUUCCCCCCCUUCCCUUCCUCCCUUUACAUCCUCCCCUAGUAAUUAAAGGAAGGUUUACAUUCAAACAGCAGGGUGGGUGGCGUUCUUCCUGAGCAAACUCUGACAGGUGGGUGAGGAGGGGGCCUGCAAGGGAUUAGUAACCUGUCAAUCUCUGAUUCAGAGCCUUCAGGAAGGGAUGCUGCUCAGAAGCAGAACCCUUGGGGUGUUUGGGUUACAGGACUGUGGUAGCACCUAGGAGCCCCACACGACAUGGACCAGGACCCCAUUGCGUCUGGCCCCAAAGAGUCUACAGUCUGCAACAAGAGACAACAGGAGGAAACCAGCAGGCAGACGGGGGAGCACAGGCAGACAAUACUGGUCAACAAAAUGGACAGUUGUCUCAGCCCACCAGCUACCCAGCCACUGUCAAGUGUUUUGUAAGCAACACCGCAGAGGGGAGUUUAGCUUCUGAUAGUUUCUACUCAGAGGGGAUGGUGCGACCAACCUUGCGUCUAAGCAAGCCUACCUCCCAGCUCUGCUGCCUUCUAACAUCCACGCAGCAAAUAGGUGUGGAGUUUCUUCUAACAGCCUUUGUAUUUGCAUAGCUGAGUGUCUACAGUGUGUCUGUAUCAUUAUUCCCAUCUUUGCUUUCCACAUGGACUCUUCAUGGCACACAGAGCCCCUGGUA